AUGUACGAUGAACCUGACGGACUUUUGCACGUGAAAAGCGCGUUCUCCAAGGCAGAAUUGGCGUGCGUACAUGAUCUACUCGAGAACGAGGGCUGGCUGAAGAAGGAGCAAGCGAUGCAAUUUUCACCGCUCCCGAGUUGGCUCGUGGUUGUCGGCCAGAGACUGUACCAAAUCGCCGUCGAAGUCGGCUUUGUCAUGGACGAUGAACGGCCUUUGUUUAACUUCUCUCAGUGCAUCAUCAAUCAGUACACACCGCCUGGUGGACUGACGCCGCACGUUGAUCUGAGAGCGUUUGGCGAUCUCAUUGCGUCGAUUUCUUUGUGCUCCACAGUCGCAAUGGAUUUUGCACCAGUCGAACCAAAUGCGAAUAUGCAAAGUAACCUAACGCUGCGUCUUGAUCAUGGUGAUGUGCUGAUUUUCAAGGGUGAUGCACGCUGGCGUUGGACUCACGCUAUCCCGUCUCGCCAAGUUGACAUCUUUGGUGCCGAGCGAGUUGAGCGCGCACACCGAAUAAGCAUCACUCUGCGAACGAUGGAUCCUGACGGACACGUUCUCGAAGUGCCGGCGACAUGA